GGAAAAGCAGAGGAAGCCCAAACCAUCAAGGAGCCAGGAGAGGAAAAGGAGAAGAGCAGAAAUGUUGGCAAAAAUUCUGUAACUCCUGACAUCUGUUUAAAAUCAGCUAUCCAGUUCACUGCAAAUUCUUUAAUGUACAACCACGGGGCAUAACAAGUUUUUUUUUUUACCCCUAACAGCUCCAAAAUCCAUCACCGACUUCUGAAUAAUGUAUCAGGACUAUAAUUUGAAAUUUAAAGAACCCCUCUCUCCUCCAUCUCUGAACGAGUUAUCUAAUUCUAAAGAGGACCGUCCAACCCCGUUGUCUUCUCAUCUCGUGUGCUUUCAUCAAAAAUCGGUCCAGUUAAGAUCAAAGCGGCAGAGCAGAUAAAACAUAUCGGGACAAAUCCGAGCAUUUCACACGUUCUACUUGCCUCUGAUAAUGUCAGCGCUGCUUUGGUCAGGCCAGAUCAGAUGGAAAAAGGCAAUCCGACAGACUGAUAGAGGAAGACGAGGCUUUCAAUGGAAGACAAACAGUCUGGUGGUCGAGCUUUCCAUCAAAGACAUUAAAUUGGCCACCGAAGACGAAGGCAUAUAAGGAGGAAGACAGUGGAAAGGGGGACAGGUGCAUUUUUGCAGAUGAUGUAUAUGGCAUUGAUUAUAAUCAGUCGGUCAAUGGUGGUAAAUAACUGUAAGGAGCUUCUGCUGCAACCUGGAAUUACUGCUAAUGAUAUAUUGAGCUUAGUAUCAGCUUCAGGGCAGACACACACACACACACACACUGUCAUACACACUGAAACACACACAUGUUCUUGUUUGAGGCUGUCUAAUGAUAUCAGAUUGAUAGUCUGCAGAGAGAGAAUGUCCUCAAGCUCUCUGUGUGUGUAGGUGUGUGUGUGGAUCUUUGUAUCCAUGUUUCCUCGCUUUUGUUUCGUGUGUGUGUGCUUAAUUGUGUGUAUUUGUAUUUGUUGAGACUUGAAUACAUGUGGGUGUGUUGCUGUGUGUGUGUGCACCAUUCAGAUGCUAUAAAUAACCCUCCCUAUUUUAAGUUCUACUUAGAUCUGCUUUGACGAGCUCCAACUCACCUGAUUGGGCGAAUGAACCUGAACACGGAAGUUGAUUGGUGUUAGGCUUCAGUGUGUCUCUUAUGAUACAUUUUAAAGUCAAAAACUGAAACGUAAAUCACAACUGAAAUAAAUACAUGCAGAGACAUGGGUUUUGUUUUGACAGUUAUCUCUCUUUCCUUUAUUAACUCUUUAUUGAAUUAAAAGGUGUAUAAUCAAGAGAACGAAAUGCCACGGAGGGGUGAACAGCAGAAACUCUGAGGACCAUUGUGACUGUCUAGCAGUAGCCCAGCUGGCAAACUUUACGAGCAGAAAAAAAACGUAACAUCGCAAUGGGUCUUUGUGAGAGGCUGUAUAAGGACAGAUAGUGCUAAUGGCGCAUAGCCAAUGCUGUGUGGGCUUUAAGAAAAGAGGGAGGGACAAUGUAUUGUUUGAAUGUUCGCGGGCUACGAGUCUAGAUUCACAGUCAGUAGUGCAUCUGUUAGCAACGCCUGCUUUCAAAAGUCGGUCAGCCACCGAGAGGACUGAAUUUCAGACGCUGUUUCUACAAAUGUGACCGAAAAAGGUUUUAUCCCCUUUUGAAAGUCCAAAUCACUGUCUUUGUCACCUGUCAUUCACUUAAAUUAUAGUUUUAUUAAUUCUGGCCACUAAAGAACGAAAAGAAAAACAAAACAUUCAAAUGAUACAAUACAAAUAUUUCAAAACCAGGCCUUUUUUUUUCUUCUUAAUUGUCGUUUUCCAGGCAAAGAGAGAGCAGCACCCAGCUGGCAGAAAACAAAAGAGCAACGGCUGAAAUAGAUAGAGACAGAGGGGUGGACAGUCACGGACAGAGAGGGGAGAUGUGUUGAAAUACCAAACUGAUUAGCUGGUGUUUCUGACAUUUAAAUGCCACGUUUACAUAAAGAAAUAUUUCCUGAGAAUAUUAAUCACUGCAGUUAAUUCACAAAGAGACGUGGAAGGGAUCCCUGGGUGCCUGGAAGAGGAGUGAAUACAGAGGGAACAUUGGCAGAAUGGUGCAUUGUUGGUAUCAAUGGCAAUGCCUCAAAAACAGGUGGUUCAAAUGUUAGCUGAGUUAUUAUUAUUAUUAACCUUCUUUAUGAUCAGACGAAGGUAUCUUGGUGACCUUCAAAGCCCAAUGGUGUUCAACAAACAUGAUGGGACCAGCAAUACAUAAGAAGUACCAUUUAGUUAAUGGCUUUCAUCCGAAGUACCGUAAAGUAGGAAUGCAAACGUUGUCAACAUACAGUCAGCAGGUUGUUUCAGCGUGAGACGGAACCUCUGACAACGUCAUCUUCUAAGUCAAUGGUCCGAACACGGCACAGCCCAUUUAGUUAAUGUGUGACAUCACGGUGUCUACCUCGAAACAUCUCCAUCUCGAACCGCUGGGCUGAACCAACUUCUCCACAUGGGGUGUUCCGAUACUCCCUCAAGUGAGCAAGAAGCCGAAUGUAUGGCAGCACUGAAGUACUUCAAGCUGAGAAUAAAAAACUACAAAAGGACACGAAGGAGAGAAGCAGAAGCAGUGACAGAACACAAGGGAAUUCCCUCUGAGGCAUUUCUGGUUAGGUAGACGAAAACUGAUGUACGGUCCAAUCCGUCUGUCUUUCCGAUGACGUUCCAUUUAAGUAUGCCGGACAUCCAUUGGACUUGCGGUUACAAUUUGUUCAGGUGCUCGGGCUUAUCAUUGCCCGCGGGCCAGCGGUUACUCAUCACAUUUCUAAGUAGCCUGUCUAGAGCUGUGGCAUAGAGAUGAGUGACCAUAAUGACAGCCUGCGAGUGCUCCUCCACCGCACAGCUUUCAUCAACACGCUGCCAUCUUGAUCCAUCUCGGUUGUUCCACACGACUUCAGCGUGCUUACAGGGUGCUGCUAGCUGGCUAACGCUGCCUCCAUGCUCUCUUUCCAUCUGUUGACAGCCGUGGCAGCCAGAUAUAUAAAAGUGACAUCAUGACAGGCCAACAAAACGUGCAAAACAGAUUAACCAAAUGCGUGUCAUCUGGACGGGGAUCAAUGAGCGGUGACAAGUGUUGGGUCAGAAUGAUUUGUUUAAUAUCAGAUAUUGGCUACACAUGCUGCUGUAAUUAUGACUGAUGUCCAUCCAACUAAAAUGACUUAUGUUAUUUUACAUCGUAUUUAUUCAAUUUAUUGUUAAAUGACAUUUGUACACAUCAAACCUACUUAAUGUUGAUAACUCAUGGGUGCCAUAUCAUUCAAAAUGUUUACCAUUGUAAAUUUAGAUAUUUGUAUUUUUAAUUAUGUCUUUGUUUAUUGUCAUGCACCAAUCCCAAAGUAUUGGUUGCAUUCUGCAAGCACACCUUAUAGAUGCCAACAAUUUCUACCCACUGUCCCUUUAAAAGGCUACAGCCAGCAGUUGGUUACACGGUUACAAAAUCUGCCGCCACACAUGUUUAAUUCGUACAGAAAGCAAAGUGUAGAAAUGACUAACUAGCUAACGAGCUGCUGGCUGCACCUUCAUGUUUAACGGACAGGGUAGACUUGUUCUUGUCACGCUCCUUUAAUUGAUCGGCAGCCACAAAGUUACUUAGUUAGUUCCAGCCUAGAAACAUUGGUACUUUCCCAGAGUCAGUUUUCAAACACCCACGUUAUUUGAACCCCGUUGUGUUUUCCACUCUCACCUCAGCAUGUAAAGCCACGUGAUGACAUUUUUCGGGCAAUUUCAGAUCUCAAAAAGGAGCGUAACACACAACUCUCUGGAGAGUUCAGCUAACUCAUUCAAAGGUAACACAUCAGCUGCAUGAGUCCCAGGUAUGCUACCACUGCUAUAAGGUUUAUGACCACAGCCUUAAGUAACUCUUGGAGUUGUGUGCAGUGCAGUCUAUAGCUGAGUGACUAUGGAUAUUACAGAUAUGAGUGAACAGCUGUGAUGAUAAUGAUGGGCCUGAGUGGGGAAAUUGGAUAUUUAAUGGAAAGGUUUUCACCUAUGAUCAUCAUUGUCUUUUUCCAUACCCACCCUCCUUCUAUCUCUCUUUCCGUCUCCUCUAUUUGCUCUCCCUUUCCUUUUUUCCUUUCCUCUUCAUCCUUUUAUCUUUUUUCCCCCUCUCACUUUGCUCAGCCCAUCCUCCCUGCCGUCUUUUCCUCUCUCUCUCUCUCCGAGCCCUAAGUAGCCACAAAUGGUCCCUAAUAGCCUCCAAUGGAGAUGAAUUGAUCGUUGCGUGAUUCGAAUCGAUGGGAGAUUGCUUUUGCUGAACACAGUGGGAUACGGCGUGGGCACGCGGCCUUAAUUAAGUUAACAGUAAACCACGAUCGCUUUUGAGUUUUAUUAGGAGAAUAAAGUUUACGAGGAACACAGAGGCAGGUAACAAAAAAAAAGAUGGUUUCAGAAUGACGAGGAGAAAGAAAUACAUCACAUGUGCCUCGAUGUGUUUCUGAUUAGUUGCUAGUGAGUCGUGAUGCUCCCUGUCUGACUCAUACAGUUGGUUGGAUAUUUCCUCACUUCCUCUGCCUGUUUCUUUGUUUCUCCACUCCAUCCCUGCUGCUUUACAUACCUCCUCUCCUCUCCUCUCCCGUUCCUUCCUCCAGCUUCUUCUUCUCGCUAUCUAUCUCAUCCUAUGCCCCGUCUGACCGCCUCUCCAUCCCUCUCCCCUUUUCUGUCGUCUAUAAUGGGAUGAGCGGCAGAAUUUGAUCAGCAGUUUUUUUUAAAGGUCACGGAACCAAGCAAAAACUCUCAGCCAAAAGCGCCGAGGGAACGAGGGAUGGGAAGGAUGAGACUGAGGAAGGGGGGAGGCGAGCGAGAGGGAGAGAUAACAAGGCUGGCAGAGUGGAGGGUGUAGGGAGGGGAAGGAAGGAGAGCUGUCGAGAAGGAAACGCUGCAUGAGGAGAAGACGGAAGGUGGAGACGUAAACAACCGAGAAGAAGGAGGUGAACGGAGAGACGGGAAGGUAUAGCGCAGUAAUGGAGGAAAGAGAUGGAGCAAUGGAAAGAAAAGAGGGAGGUCAGUGUGUUGGAGCGUCAGGUGAUAGACUUCCUGGGCUACCAGUGGGCUCCCAUCCUGAUCAACUUCCUCCACAUCAUCGUCGUCAUCCUGGGCCUGUUUGGCACGAUUCAGUUCAGGCCGAGAUAUGUCACCGGGUACGCAGCCUGGCUGGUCGUGUGGAUGACCUGGAAUGUUUUCAUCAUCUGUUUCUACCUGGAGGUUGGAGAUCUAUCCAGAGACUCUGACCUUGUCCUGACGUUCAACCUGUCCAUGCAUCGCUCCUGGUGGAUGGAGAACGGCCCAGGGUGCAGGGUGACACCCAUCACCCCUCCUCCCUCCUGGGCACCCGAGGACCACCGAUAUAUAUCUAUAUCCGGCUGCCUGAUGGAUUUCCAGUUCAUAGAGGUGGCCCACUCCUCGCUGCAGAUACUCCUGGCUUUGAUGGGGUUUAUCUACGCCUGCUACGUGGUCAAGCUCAUUUCAGAGGAAGAGGAUAGCUUUGAUUUUAUAGGAGGGUUCGACUCGUACGGUUACCAGGGGCCUCAGAAGACCUCCCACCUUCAGCUACAGCCCAUGUACAUGUCAAAGUAAAAACCCAGGAGCUACUCCAGGAGCGCUGCCUUACCAACCACCACUGCUUAACAUCCUGCUUUUACUACUCCAACUGUCUUUUAAUAAAACAACAACCAAGACACAGACAAGUAGACAGGAUACAGAAGACACUAAGAUAUUCUGCGUUUCAAUCUGUCCCCCACCCACCCCGCCAGUAAUCAGAUCGCUUCCCUGGUCUGCCUGUCUGCUGUUAUAAUGGUUAUUUCUGUUCCUGAUGAAACACUGGCCUCUUAUGGUUGAAUACGGUAGCUGCAGGACAUGUGUGAAAUACCAAGACAGGCAGCUCCGAUGAUACCUGCAUCUUUUUUUUUUUUUUGGUCUCUGAGGGACCCAGAUAUAUUCCUCUUGUGAUGUUGGGCAUCUGCAUUGUGAAGGAAACCAAAGGGAUGUAAAGCGGCCCAUUGGUGAAUUACCGACGUCUUUCUUCAGACUUCCAAGGAGAACACACGACGUGUGAUGUGUUAACGUGUAGCCCGGUUUCUUUAAGCUAUGUAUACAACAGAGCCCGCUAAACAAUCUCUGGACCUUUUGUUGCUCUUCGUGCCUGAAACAUCAGACACUGGACUUCCAACCAAACUGACCAAGCAUCUACUAGCAAGACUACCGAUGUAGGAAUGUCAGACAUCUUUCUUUUCUAAGGUUACUUUUUUGGUGCAUUCGGGUUCUCGUUGCAGCAAAGAUGGGAUCCCGAUACAAGUCACGGCCUGGACUCAAGUGCGAGUACACGCCACACAUUUUAUUCCGUUGAAUGUUAAAUGACAGUGCUGUGUGUAGAUUUACAUACUUUCAUUCCACAUGUGCAUGUGUACAGGAAACACGCAUUGACAUACACAGGCAUUAGGUAAUGCGUAUGUGAAUCCACACACGCAUGCACAAUACACACACACACACACACAUAACAGAUGUAUUAACAUUUUUUAUGUGAUUCUUAACAAUGUUUACAAUACUCCAAAAUUCAGAAAGACUGAACACCUGACAGACAUGUAGACAGGCAGACUGGGAGACAGACAAGAAACGUUCUAGAUGCAGCAUCCCAAAGGCCAUUGGGUGUUUUAUAACGUAAUAAUACAGACAGAGGAGUUUUGGUCUCCAGAAGAGGGAUUGAGGUGAGGCAACAGUUUCCCUUCCACCUCGGUCCUUGUAGCUCUCGAUGCCAAGCGUCCUUCGUCACACUCGCCCAUCUCUUUCAGCAGGCAGAGUUUUCUUUUCCCUUUUUCUGAAUUAUAAAAAGAAGUAAAAAAGCUGGAGGCCAGAUCAAGUGCCCAAUCAGCCUAAUGUGCAGCACCCACCCCUCCUUAACAACAGAAAUAUCUCAGAAUAUCCACAGACAACGCUUACACAUAGGGAAAACACACACCUUUUACAGAAGUGACAAUCACUGUCAGAUCGUCCUGAAUCUCACCAUAGAUUGGCAUUUUUUGUACCAUACAAAAUGUGCCAAAAAGCUGAAAAAUGGCUGUCAUUGUUAUGAGGGAGCAGAGAAGCAUCUUAUUUGGAUUAUUUGAUGAAUUAUUUAUUGUUUUGAUUGAUAUACUGCAUUUCCGAAACACUGGUGAGUGACAAAGAUUGGGGAAAGGAGGAGAAAGGAAACGACAGAGGCUGAAUCCCACGACGACACUGCACACGUUCACCCUCGCCUGCAGACUAACGAGGACAAAAAUGAUACCAGAGAGACGCCAGAGUCUUAGCAUCUCCCUCUCUUCACCUCACCACUCAAAUGUUAAUGUUGAAAGUGCCAACGAUAUCCCCACAUGGACAUCCGUAGAGCCUGGUUUCUGAAAGCCACAGACUGGGACCAAAAAUAAUGGGUCUCAGGUUCACUUUUCUUGGGUUCCCAUGUGAUAAAAAUUGCGAGGAUAUCACAAAUAUAUAAAAAAAAAUCACAUUUGCAUUCCAGGCGACCAGCAGGCUUCUCUCUUUUAUUCUGCUGACAAAAAAAACAACUGAUUCCUUCUGGAAGUGAAACAAAUCGUGUUGCAUUUGUGUUGCAAUCACUGGACCAAAAUGUUUGAGGCCUUCUCCGUCAACUGAGGAACGUUUCUUGGUGAAAGCACUGAUAAAAUGAUGGACUUUUCCCCCUCUACAAACUACAAAGUCCCCCCCCCCCCCCUGCCAGUUAUCUUCAGCCGUUCAUGUUUUAUAACAGAACUGUGGGCGAUACGUUCAGAGUCGCUGCCCCGUGAGGCUCCACAGACAGUCGCUCUGGAGGACAGAAACAACUUUUUGUGUGUUUGCAUGAGGUGUUUCCAAACUGUUGCGUAUUUAAUCUCAUGCUGCGUGUGACUAACUAGCUACUUAAAAUGGGAACUGUUUGGUUUGUUGAAUGCUCCUCAACUCUCGAAAGAGUCCUAAAUGUGAACUUUGUGAUUUUUCUAUAAAUAACGCAGUCUGAAAUGUCCGCCGAGUAAAGGAGGUAAAAUAGCAACUACAAUGUAAAACGAUGAAAUGUAACUUUGAACUUCUAGACGUUUUUUAAUCACGUGUGGCCGUGUUUACUGUUUUUUCUAGUUGACUACUAAUGUAUGAUGUUGUGUACAAGUGGGACUACUAUGUUUUAUUUCUUCUAACUGUACAGUGUAUUUUGAGAUGAGAGAGUAAGAGGAGAUUGGGAGGAAAGGGAAUUAGUUGCACUAUAGUCUGUAAUUCUUUCAUUAACAAUUCUGUCAGGGCUGGAAAUUCACUUUCACUUCAGCACAUAAUUGAUUUUAAAAUAUUCAUUUACUAACCAGCACCACACGUUGCUUUUUAAUAAAUGAACUGACUGCAGAUGAAGUGUCUUUUUGCAAAAUUCAAAUCAGGAACAAAUGCUGUGAAAAGGGUCACAUGUCCAUUAUUGAAAGCGUCAUUGAAAAAGAUAGUUGCUUGUGUCGUUAGAGAACUUGAACUGAAAGUGAAUUCAUGUUAUUAUAUUUGCCUUUAAUGGAGUCGAUCAAGGCAAUAUUACCUGGCACUGUGGAACAAAAUCAACCUAAAAGAAACGCCAAUCUGGCAGAUACAGGAGAGGAUUUCAGAUAUCUAAUGUGACACGUGUGUGUGUGUGUGUGUGUGUGUGUGUGUGUGUGCGCGCGACUUUUCUGUGUCAUGGUGAACUAAACGACACUUAACCCAGAACCUGCGAAGCCACAUCUUCAACACAAACGAAGCUGAAGGAAAUUGAAGAAGUCAUCAAAGAUUGUUAAUGAACAGCAAUAACAACAGUUAUAAUAUAUUUUUAAGUAAUAAUGAAGACAGAAUCCACACGUCGUACAUUUAUCACAUUUAGACUUUGGAUCAGUCAAUAGAGCGUCUUGUCUGUAGAUCUAGGAAUGCACAUCUGUACAUAAAGAGUUCAGCAUUUGCAGCAGAAGCUUGAGGCGAGCUCUUAUUUUGUUAAAUGGUGUCAAUAAACAUUCAGUCAAGCUGUUGUAAAGUCCUGAAUCUGUAUUAGGAGUUACAAAUCCCUCCUCUCGAAGCUUUACAGUUGUGGUAAGAGUAUGCAGUUAUGAGUUAUUCCUGUAAUAUGAUGCUGAAUAAAUGUAUGAAUAAUAUGGAAAGACGUUUAUGGGUUUGGCUAAACUUUCACAAAAUUACAAAAUCAAUUUUGCAUUUCAUAAAGCGAGAAGCAGCAUCUUCAGCUUCAUCAAAACUAUUUUGAUGAAUAUUUUUUAAGUGUUGAAUUCAAAGCCCCUGAAAGCUUGAUUUUGAAUGUUAGGUUUUUUCCUCUAUAAUCUCAGAUGUUUAUAAACUAAAUCAAAUAAAAAACAACAUAUUUAUAGAUGUUAUUCAUUAGGAGGUUAACAAAAGCUUAGCUGGUGUGUUUCAUUAGGACUGUGUGGGUGUGGCCUGGUCACCGCUCAGCUUCAGCUCUUAUCUUGUGCUAAAACAUCUUUUGUUCCUACAAAUUGUCGAAUACAAAACGUGUCUCUUCAUUGUGACAUUAAACUAAGAGACAUUGGACUGUCGCAGUCAGAGACUAUUAUGUUAGAGGAGCAUUUAGAGAGUGCAAUAACACAUUUUCACAAUACAUUAAGCAACUAUUCACAGGGUCAGUACAUCAGUGCAGGAAUCUGUCGCCAGUGAAAACGGUGAAAUACAUUCUCUGUGGCUCUGGGUUGAUUUGUUUACGUUCACCACUGACUAAAACCAUCUAUGUUGGUUUAACGCCUUCUCUCUUCAUGAUGUUUUUUUCCCCACAGGUGACUGACUGUACAUAAACUCGACAGCUGGGAAUAAAGUAGACAGUGGAGAAGGAAAGUCUAUAUCGUGUCCUCUCUUCAGUCAUUCUUUUGUGCUUUCUGUGACCUUAAAUUAUUUACAUUUGCUACAUUAAGCUUGCGAAAGACAAAGUAUUUUAUAGCCUGAGUUCUUUCCUUUGGGGUUGAGUUUGUUGUUCAGCAAAGUGUUUUCCAGUAAUUAAGUUCUGAAGAAUAGAAAAUCCACUUUCUAAUGCAACUGAACUGAAGCCAAACCUGUGGAAACUGGAUCCAAAAAGACAUCAUUUGUAUCUCUUUAACGUGCACACACACAGACAGAGUCGUUGCCAGGAAGCAUUAUUGUUCCUUUGCCGAGGAAACGCACCGGCAAUCAUUAAGAGGAGCGGAGUGGGUGGGAUUCUUACAUCCUCAAAGGUAAAUUCAGUGUUUAAAUCCCUGAGGAUAACGGUGUUAAAGUAAAUCAUGAAACAUUUACCCAAUUAAGACUGAAAACCUCUCCAGUGAGAAAGCAAAGCCUUCGUCGUGUAGAUGGAGUAAAUGCUCGAGAUUGGAAGUACUUUAAAUAUUUUUUGUAGCCUGCAGAACGUCUCCACUUUUUGACUUGCUAAAAUGUGAAACAGC